UGUGAAUGAGGGUGCCGGGAGGGCCGAGCCRCCCGCUGCCGCGCAGGUACGACGCCGGCAGGGACGGCUUCAUCGACCUCAUGGAGCUGAAGCUGAUGAUGGAGAAGCUGGGAGCACCACAAACUCACCUUGGGCUGAAGAACAUGAUCAAGGAGGUGGACGAGGACCUGGACAGCAAGCUCAGCUUUCGGGAGUUCCUGCUGAUCUUCCGCAAGGCGGCGGCGGGCGAGCUGCAGGAGGACAGCGGGCUGCACGCCCUCGCGCGCCUCUCUGAGAUCGACGUCUCCACCGAGGGCGUCAAAGGCGCCAAGAGCUUCUUCGAGGCCAAGGCCCAAGCCAUCAACGAAGCGAGCCGCUUCGAGGAGGAGAUCAAGGCCGAGCAGGAGGAGAAGAAGAAGCAGGCGGAGGAGCUCAAGCAGAGGAAAGCGGCCUUCAAGGAGCUGCAGUCCACCUUCAAGCAGUGACGGCCASCGCCGUGCCCGUCCUGGCGAGCCCACUGCGAUGCACCGGAGAUGCUGCGCGCUGCCGCGUGCUGCCACGCGCUGCCGCUUGAGCCGGCCAACGCCGCGGUGCCCCUGCAACGCCUCCUCCUGUAGAUGUUCUUCGUGGAAAUGUGUGUCCGCAGCCUCGCCGUGCCCUGUGGCAGAGCUUGCACCCACCGCUGCCUUGUGCUCCAGGUCCCCGAUGAGCCGCCAAAUGGCUCYGGCGGGGCCCGGGGCUGGAGGAGGGCGGGAGGGAGCCCUGGGCUGCCKUUUUGUUUUGCAUGUGCUGUGAUUUUCCCUUGUCUUGUCCCCCGUGGCAGCGCACGAGUGGCCUGGCGCCCUGCCGGAGCGCGCCGGGCCCUGGGCUUGCGGCUCGCCAGGCCACG